AUGCGGAGGAUGGGGCUGCGGGAACACCCUGUCGAGCACCUGUCCCUAUGCGGAGGACAGGGCUACAGAACCCCCCGAAACCAGCAGGUAUUCCCAGCACCCAUCCCUAUGCGGAGGAUGGGACUGCGGAAACACCCUGAGGCAAUGAAUACCUCAAGCACCUGUCCCUAUGCGGAGGACAAGGCUACAGAACCCCCGAAACCAGCAGAUAUUCCCAGCACCCAUCCCUAUGCGGAGGAUGGGGCUGCGGAAACACCCCGUCGAGCACCUGUCCCUAUGCGGAGGACAGGGCUACAGAACCCCCCGAAACCAGCAGAUAUUCCCAGCACCCAUCCCUAUGCGGAGGAUGGGGCUGCGGAAACACCCUGUCGAGCACCUGUCCCUAUGCGGAGGACAGGGCUACAGAACCCCCUGAAACCAGCAGAUAUUCCCAGCACCCAUCCCUAUGCGGAGGAUGGGGCUGCGGAAACACCCCGUCGAGCACCUGUCCCUAUGCGGAGGACAGGGCUACAGAACCCCCCGAAACCAGCAGAUAUUCCCAGCGCCCAUCCCUAUGCGGAGGAUGGGGCUGCGGAAACACCCCGUCGAGCACCUGUCCCUAUGCGGAGGACAGGGCUACAGAACCCCCCGAAACCAGCAGAUAUUCCCAGCACCCAUCCCUAUGCGGAGGAUGGGGCUGCGGCAACACCCAAACACAAUGAACACCUCAAAAACCUGUCCCUGUAUGGAGGAUGUAUGCCUCACCCUGAUAUUGAGACCAGAGGCUGA